AUGGACAAGUUUUUGAAAAGGAAAGAACUGGACUCUGAACAAAAUUCAGAGCAAGAUGAGAGCCCAAGUAUGAGUGGGGAUCAAAAGAAAGCAAAGAUGGUUAGCUCAAGCAAAUUCUCUGGCACAAGGCAAUAUAGCGAAAGCUAUAUUUCAUUUGGAUUUACUUUCACCGGAGAUGCAAAGAAACCAACUCCACGGUGCGUGGUGUGUGGUGAAAAGCUAUCUAACAGUGCUAUGGUCCCAAGUAAACUUAAACGCCAUCUCCAAACGAAACACCCUUCGCUUCAAAACAAGAAUGCGGACUUUUUUGUUCGCCUGCGUGAAAACACGGAGAAACAGGCAACUUUCAUGAGAAAAACCACAAAGGUAAAUGAAAGAGCUCUUAAAGCUAGCUAUCAAGUUGCUGAACUUAUAGCCAAGUCAAAAAAGUCGCACACUGUGGCAGAGAAAUUAAUACUUCCCGCCUGCAAAGCUAUUGUAGAGGAGAUGCUCGGACCUGAAGCAGCUAAGGAAAUAGCCAAAGUCCCUCUCUCAGACAACACAAUUUCCAGACGUAUUAAUGACAUGUCUGCAGACAUCGAAAGUGUGGUUUUGGAAAAGAUCCGUAUCAGUGAGAAAUUUGCAUUGCAACUUGACGAGUCUACUGAUAUCAGUGGACAUGCUCAACUCUUGGCCAAUGUGCGUUUUGUGGAUGGUGAUGCAAUUAGAGAAAACUUCUUUUUUUGCAAGGCAUUGCCAGAAAAAACAACAGGAGAAGAAAUUUUUCGGGUCACAUCAGAAUACCUUGAACAAGGAGGACUUAAGUGGGAAAACUGCACAAGUGUCUGCACCGAUCGAGCUGCAGCCAUGGUUGGGCGCACCAAAGGCUUUGUGAGCAGAGUGAAGGAAAGAAAUCCAGAUGUGAUUGUUACGCAUUGUUUUUUACACCGUGAGGCCCUCGUAGCCGAGACUUUACCAGCAGACCUAGUUCCUGUGUUGGAUGAUGUUGUGCGCAUGGUAAACUUUGUAAAGUCAUGA